AUGGGAAGAUCCAGGUUCCCCGGGAAACCACUUAAAUUCCAGAACAGAAAGCGUAUUAGUGUUCUCUCAGGCACUGUUUACCAUGAAACUGCUCAAGAAAACCAUCCAGCCUCUCGAGGCUCGGGCAGCAAUGAUUUAUCUGGGGAGAAAGAGGAAGAAGAGAAGAAAGAAAAUAGUAAUGAAAAUGAUGCAAACUCUACCAGUGAAAAUAAAGUGAUUAAUGAAAUACAGAAAAACAAAGGAGAGAAUCAAGAAAACGGCAGUGAUAUAUCAAAAUCACCAGUACGCACUAGAUCCCAAAAUAAAAUGGAGCCAACUAAAGGUGAUAAGCCUAAACCUGUGAAAAAGACAGUAACUUUUGGUACUGUGGAGAGCUGCGAAGAUAUAUUCUUGCCUCUUAAAAAAGUUCCCAUUAAACAUCAUGCCCCUCUUGUGUCUAUAAUUAAAAAGAAAUCAUCAUUAAAACAAACUGAGUAUUCCUCCUUUAACAGUAUUCUCAAACCGGCCAAGUUAACAGAUCUCAGUUCAAAAUCUAGUAUAGAGUUGCAAGAUGCAUAUUUGAGAAAGAAUCUCAAUCCUUUAUCAAAGCCUAUUAACAAGUUCUCACAGUUUAGUGAUAGCCGUUGUAUUUCACCACCACCCAGAAACAUUUCACCUGUAGAAAAAGAAAGUGGAAAUUCUGCAAAAUUUGUCCUACCAGUUCGAAGUGCACACUCAUCACGGGUAAUUAAACCUAACAAGAGGUUUAUUGAUGGUGAAGAACAAACAACAAUAUCCAGUAGUUUGAGUUCUGGAAAAGUUCUCAAAAAGCCAAAACUAAAGAGGCUAGUUUUUAACAAUCUCCAUGAUGAUGAUGAUUCUCCCGAUGAAGAGGAGCCUGACAAAAAUGAUAAUGAAAAAUGUAGAGACAGUCUGCUGCCCUCUUCCAAUUUAUUCAAAGAUAAAACUACAAAUUCAUUUUCUACUAUUAAUACUGGAAGUAAAAAGCCUUUACGUGACCUCUUUUCUUUGGAAAAAGAUUCAGAGUUUCAACAGGAUGAGAAUUCAAAUGUUGAAAACUUAGAUAAAUUGAAACCUACUGAAUCCAAAGAAGAAAGGACAGGGCAUGCAAUGCGUAAACUUAUGGAUAUAUCUGAUGCAAGUACAUCACCCAGUACAAGUAGUGGUUCAGAGUCUGAAGAAAGCUGGGAAAGUGAAAGUCCUAAUGGAAGUGGUGAUGAGGAGGAAAGACCUGCUACAUCUAGUCCAGAAAAGGAUAAGUCUACAGCAUCACAACUGUUAAGAGGCAAGGUUAUCAUCAGAGAAGCUAGACUUCAGCUAAAUACAACACCAUCUAAUACAGGUUUAGAUGGACCAUUUUCUACUGUGGCACCAACAUCACCCAAUCCGCCUACAACUGUUACAUGUGGUGUAUGCGGAGCAGUCCGUUUCUACAGAUUUGUCAAACAGGCACGCAAAUUUGGAAUAUAUUCCUGUGAGUCGUGUCGUAAAUUCAUAUCAAAAAUGUUGAAGAAAGAAAAAAUGUCACAAAGAACUGGUCCUGUUGUCAUGCAAUGCUUAAAAGGAGAAGGUAAUUGUCAUGUCCCACCAAUUGUACGAUCACAACAAUGGAAGUUGCUACGUUGCACAAAUAAAACUCGAUGUCCAGCUUGUUGGUUGAAGAUGUGCCUAAAAGCCUUCCAAGUGCCACCAAAUAUUAGAGCUGGUCUUACAGCAAUGCUGCCGCCACAUAUGAGAACUAGUGCUAAGCCAACAGGGCCUUUACCGCAAGUGAAUCCACUAAGGAUUUCAAGCAAUACUACGUCAAAUCCGCAACCCAUGUUUAGUGCUCUUACUACAACCGAAAAUGAAAAUAAACUCUUUGGUACUAUAAAGUCAGCUAAGAAACCUUCAGAAGAAGUAGAAAUACAGGAGGAAAAAGUUGAGAAGGAAUCUAAAGAAGAUGAGAAAUUAAAUGAAGACUUUUGUAACAAUAGAAAGCGUCGCCUUACAAGGGUAAAGGUACGAAAGAAAGAUAAAGGUGAUACAAAACAGACUGAAGACCCUAAAAGGCAGAAAAUGGAACUUAAAGGUCCAAGAGUCAAACAUGUCUGUCGAAGUGCAUCAAUUGUUUUGGGGCAACCAAUUGCUACAUUCCCGACACAAGAGGAGAAGGAUAAGCCUGAUAAAUCUCUUUCAUCUGAUGAUGAUAAUACCUUGCCUAUCAAUGACAAGGAGAAUGGAACUCCAGAUUUAUCAAGUUGUGAAUCCGAAACUGAUAUAGAGAAUAAGUCACUUCAAACUGUUCGAGAAACUGUUGUAAUAAAAGAAAGUGAUGCUGAAAUUCAGAUUGAGACUAAGAAGAAAAAAAUAGAAGUCACAGUUGCAACAAAACCUCAAACUAAGGUGGAAUCUAGUGAAGAUGAAACAGUUUUGGAUCUUAUUCCUAAGAAAUCGGUCCAAAAGCCGUUAUCAAACAUAACAAAUGUGCGUGGCCGAUCGCAAAAAUGUGGACAAAAUCGUCCCGAAGUAAUUUGCGUCGACUUCUGGGAGAGCUAUGAUCCCGAUGAAGUAUGCAGUACUGGGUUUGGCCUUAUAGGAACAGCUCCAUUUACUGUAGCCAGGCUGUGCUUCUUAUGUGGAAGUGCUGGAUGUGAAAAGAUGCUGGUAUGCUCAAGCUGCUGUGAAUGGUACCAUGGAUGGUGUGCAGAAGAUGUUGGACGUAGUGCAAGUAGUGGAGAUUGGACUUGUGCUCGUUGUGUCGCUUGUGCUGUGUGCUCCCGUGCUGCAGCAAGACUGCGUUGUCGAUCCUGUGCACGUCACCACCAUGCUGGUUGUUUGGUGCCUGCCCCACCUGAUCACAGGAGUGACUGGCCUCAGAUAUGCAGUGCAUGUUUGAAAUGCAAGAGCUGUGACAGCAAUCGCGUUAACAAAUUUGUUGGGAGCUUACCAUUUUGCAGACCCUGCUUUAAGCUCCGACAGAAGGGCAACUAUUGCCCUCUUUGUCAGGCUUGUUAUAGGGAUAAUGACUUUGACAGCAAGAUGAUGGAGUGCGGAUGGUGUGGUAGAUGGGUUCAUGCAAGCUGUGAAGGCUUAUCUGGCGAAGGAUAUCAACUUCUUUCAGCAUUACCACCAUCAAUUGAAUACAUUUGUUGUAAAUGUAUGCCUCAUGAUCCACCUUGGAGAAAAAUGCUAACGGAACAUCUAAAAGCACGGCUUUUGCAUUUGCUCAAGCAGCUUGCAAAAAACAGGAAGGCAUGCGCUUUAUUAAAACUUACACCACAUAAAAAUACGCCUGUGCCCAACAAACCUUACCGUUUAAUGUCGCCCCAAGCUAUAAGGAAAUUACACUUUGACAAUGAAGAUGAAACUAUGAAGAAUACAACUGAGACCAAAGUGUACAGAAACACUUCAAGAGGACGACGUAAUAAUCCCUCCCAAAAUAAAUUUGAUGGAAACAGUUCCUCUCAAAAUAUUUGGCAUUGUUCAUCAUUGUUCACAGAAGUAGAAAUGGAAAAAGAAGAUGUACCGCAUGCAACACAUAAAGUUGUAAACUUGCAAGAACCACUUAUGCAAAACAAGGAAAUUUGCUUUUCCACUGGACUGUAUAAUAAUAAAACGGAAUUUAGUGCUUCCUGUGUUGAGGUACAUGAAAAUUUCACAGGUCAAAGUAAAUCAGAGAAGGCUAUGACCAUGUUGCCUACAACAAUUCAUGAUGAUAAAUAUGAAGCAAUUUCAGAUGAUGAUGAACCAGUUAAGAGUUUCCCUCAAGCUCGUAGUGAACAAGAUCUUAGUCCAGCUUUAAUAAGGCAAUCAAACUUACUCAAUGAAGACAGUUCAGAAAAUGAUGUUAAUAGAUUAGUUUCACCAUCUCUGUUAGAUAUUAAGAGGAGAGUAAACUGUGAUGAAUACAUUUCACUAAAAGAUUUUAACCAUGAUAUGAAAGAUGUUAUUGAACGAACGUCAAAUGAUGAUCUUAAAUCAAUAUAUAAAGAGUUAUUCUCAGAAACAUUCCCUUGGUUUGAUUGUGAAAAUAAUUGCCUUCAGCCUAACUUAGAAGUUGAAGGUGAACAAGAAGAUGGUGAAUCUUUAAAAGAUCAUGAGAUGGUUGACAACAAAGGAGUGAAAAGAACAGAAGAGUCGGUUGAGAGGCCAUUAGAUCAAAUUGUACCAAAGUUGGAAUGUGAAGGAAUGAAAAUAGAAGAAGAGUUGUUGGAAUUUUAUCCAAUUGUAGAUUCAAGAACAUGUGUACUAUGUAAAGUUGUUGGUGAUGGUUCUCCUGCAAUGGAGGGUCGAUUAUUAUACUGUGGCCAGAAUGACUGGAUCCAUGCUAACUGUGCACUUUGGUCUGCAGAAGUUUUUGAAGAAAUUGAUGGGUCUCUUCAGAAUGUUCACUCUGCAAUAUCAAGGGGGAAAAUGAUUAAAUGUGCAUCUUGUGAAGUGAAAGGGGCGAGUGUGGGCUGCUGUGCUAAGAACUGUAGUGAAACUUACCAUUAUGCCUGCGCUAGAAAAGAGAGUUGUGCUUUCAUGGAUGAUAAAAGAGUAUUCUGCCCAGCACAUGGUAAUGAUGUUCCAAAAAAGAGUUUACAAAAGGAUGCUGACUUUGAAUUAACAAGACCAGUUUAUGUGGAGUUGGAUAAGAAGAAGAAAAGAUACAGUGAAAUAAGUAAAGUGCAAUUUCUAAUGGGUUCAUUAACAGUCCAUAGUCUUGGAAAGAUAGUGCCAUCUGUUUCUGAUUAUGAAGAUUUCUUGAUGCCAGUAGAUUUCUCUUGCACUCGUCUGUUUUGGUCAUGCAAGAAACCAUCAAAGAUAGUGAGGUAUACAAUAAAGACUAAAUUAAUCCUUGCUGAACCACUUCCUGGUUAUGACUUUGGAGUAAACAUAACUGUUGAUCAUACAAUGGAUGUUCACAUUGUGGAAAGAGCCAUUGCCGAAAUUGGUGCUUGGCACGAAAGUUUAGAGACAAGACAAAAAACUGUUCUCAUGCUAAAGAAUGAUAAAUCACCAAUUAAGUUUGGCAAUUCAGUAACUUUGGAAGAUUUAGCUGUAAAACAAGUUCUAGAAUAUCUACUAGAUAAUGUGUGUAAGCAGGAACAGCAAGAUGACGAAGAGCCUCAAAAUACAGCAGAUCUUUUACCACCAGAAGUAAAAGAUGCUAUAUUUGAAGAUCUUAACCACGACCUUCUAGAUGGAAUAUCCAUGCAAGACAUUUUUCCCAAACUUAUGUCAUAUGAAGAUCUUGUAGCAAUGGACUUGAAGAAUGAAUUUUACGGAGCAAUGACUCAGUCCGAUGACAAAUCUGACUCGCGAUCAACUGACUUCAUUGAUGAACUUUUAAAUGCUCGAUUAGAAUCAGGAAAUAAAGAGUUAAAGAGAUGUAAGUCUGAAAUGCUUUUGCAGAAUCAUAACCUAAAAACACUCACCACUGGACGUGGGCAGCAACGUUCGACAAGCUUGACAUGGAAUAAUAAAUUCGAUACUAGCUUACUAUCAUCAACUAUUAAGAGAUGCAAAAUAGGAAAAACUUCAACAGUCACUGGAAAAUUAAGUCCAGUUCAAAGAAUUACAGUACCAGAGAAUUCAUUGGAUUCUAUUAAAGAAAAUGAACAAAAUAAUAUUGAAAAGAAAAUGAAACCUGAAAAUGUUGCCAAUAAUAAUAUUUGCGAGGAAACACCACAUUCAUGUGACAGAUGUCAGUGUACUUACAGAAAUAAAGAGUCAUACGACAGGCACGUUCCAUCUUGUGAUAUGAUGUCAACUAGCGAAAGUGAGAGUGAAAAUCCAAAAUCACCAGAAAAUAGGACUUUGACAACCUUACAAAACGCUUUCCAGGGUGCAUUCGCACAGCCAAUGAUAAUACAUGCCGGAGUUGUUAGUGGAAGCGAGAACUCUGUUAAAGCAGAAGGAAUUUCUGCAAGAAGGACGUCAAUUAACACUCGUCAAAUAACUAUUAACGGUACCAUCGUUGAAACACCGUCUCCAGGUUCCGGUAAUGAGAUGACUAUGACAAUUACUGAGCAAAUGAAAUCUGGCACAGUCAUAUUUGAUCAGAGUAAAACUACCAAUGUUCAAGUAUCUGCGAAUCAACAAGUGCUCUCUUCGCCGCAAAUUGUUGUUACUCCACAAAUGUUAUUGCCACCUAAGACUAGUACAUCAAGUGGACAAAAAAUUAUGACUCCACAAAUUAUCACACAACCAGGAAUUCUACCUUAUAACAUCUGUGUUAAGCCUAGUAAUGGUAAUGGAAACAUACAACAAAUUCAAGGCGGAACGGACAUGACGCAAUUGCUAUCAGGAACAGGAGGAAUUCAAGUUAUAUCAUCUAAUUCGAAUCAAGUGCUAACAAUUCCCUCUAACCAAUCCGGAAAUAUUACGCCAAUGAUUCAGGGAAAAAAUCAAGUUACAAAUUUCCCUAAUAUGGCUAGUGCAUCAUCUAUUGCUUUACCAGUGAAUUCAAUACAAGGAAUGCCAAAUACAUCAAUAAUACAAAAUAUCCAGCCUAUGAUCAGGCCUCAGAUACAAGGGAAUCCUACCAUUGUUGUUCCCGCUAUGACCGCGCAAAGACUCUCAUCGCCUAAUUCACAAAACAAACAGCAAAUUAUUCUACCAGGGACUCCCCAAAAGUCACCGAAAAAGCAGCCUCCGCCAGUUCAACCAAAACCAAUUUUCCAAGCGGCAAAUCGUGGCAGAGGUCGCCCAAUGCCAAAACCAACUACAAUCAAAAGGCAAACUAAAUUAGAAAAGACUUUUACUACAAUUAAUCAAUCGCCACUUGGACCUGGAAAUACAGUAAUACAGUUACAAACAAACAAUCAGGCUGGGCAACCGUCAAUUAUUGUUCAGCCAGUAGCAAAUCAGAAUAUAAUGUCUGCCUAUGUUGAAGCAUUGUCUCAGCAGCAAAACCAAAACAUGCAGUACAUAGCAACGAUUGCCCCACAAGGGGAUUUUAAAACAGGUCCCACACAAUUCAUAUCACAAAGUGGUCUUGUACCACAAACAUUUCAAAUACAGCAAACGGAAUCCGGUGGUUUAGUGGCUGUACCAAGUGGAGGCAUUCCAGUAUUACUGUCACAAGGUAACGUGGGAAUUUUACCACAAGCAAUACAACAAGGAGCAACAAUUUUGCCUCAAGGUACAAUACAAGCUCAAGGUAUAAUUUCUCAAGGACCUAAUGGCCCUACUAUAUUGCCUCAGGCAAUCCACACACAGAAUGGAGCUACCAUUAUACCACAAGGGACCAUUCAGGGCCUUGCACCUGGUACAAUAACAUCGCAAACUGCUACGCUUAUACCAAAUAGCACUUUACAAACUGCUGGUGCUACAGUAGUAUCUCAAAGUGGUAUUGGAAAUGGACAGACGACUAUUAUUCCAAACGGAGCAUUACAAUCUCAAGGAGCGACAAUAUUGCCUCAAGGAACAUUAUUACCACAAUUUUGCAACGACCAAGUAUUACUUGGUUCUACACCUACUUUGGAAAUGGUUACUGAUCCAUCAGGUUGUAUGUAUCUAACAACAAUGCAGCCCGUAUAUUACGGCUUGGAAACAAUUGUACAGAAUACAGUUAUGUCAUCACAGCAAUUUGUGUCCACUGCAAUGCAAGGUGUACUUGCUCAAAAUAGUAGUUUUUCUGCUACUACAACACAAGUUUUUCAAGCAAGUAAAAUAGAACCUAUCGUGGAAGUACCAACAGGUUAUGUUGUCGUAAAUAAUGUCGGCGAAAGUGUAUCUACACAAGCUGCCUCCUCUACACCAAAUGUGGUUACAGCACAAACUGUCCAAUCAACACCUCAAACACUGAAGUCAGUGAAAACCACUGUACCGAACUUAACACUACAACCUUUACCAGACAAACAAUCAAAUAACAAUAGUAAUCGACAAACUCCGAAAGUAAUUCAGAUGAGUCCCAUUCCAUUGACAGUUGGCUCACAAUCUGGUCCUGGAAACUUAAUGACAGGAAGGCAGAAUAUCAAUCCUAUUACGUCUCAAAUACACAGCAUGUCAUUAUCAAAUUCUACACAGGGUAUGCAGAAACCUAAUAUGUCCAAAUUAAAUAAUUUAUCAAUGUCCCCUAAUGUAACAUUGGUAUCUUCUACGGGUCAACCUUUAAUGGCAAUAUCUCAAUCCAUACCUAAUUCAAUGUUGUCGUUUUCGAUGCAAUCAAUACCGUUGUCACAACCAAUAGUGUCAAGUUCAAUAGCUCCAUCGAACAGUAAAAAUAACAUGAAGAUCGAAAACUCACAUGUCAUCGAAAUUAGUGGAAGUGCUCAAGAAAAUUCUAAUUGUAGCUUACCUACGAUAAGUGUUACUCAGAGUAUAAAAUCCCCAACACCUUGGCGAUUAAAUCAAAAUAAUACAGAUAACAAGACGGAAUUGCAAAAGGCUAAUAGCACGACAAACAACUCUUCCAUGAACAUUCAGAAUAAUAUUAAUAAUCGACAAAUGUCGCAUGCUGAUCCGGAUAAAAUUAAUCAAAACUGUAUGAUGUCAAUAUCAAAUAAUGGAAAUAGCAUGUCUUCUAGUACCUUACAUGCCCAUCAAUUUGAAUCAAACUUAAAUGUUAGUCACCAUUCUUCAUCUCAUUCAACAUCAAAUAAUGUCAUACAAAUUACUGCCGGAAAUAUUUACCCGCCUUCAUCGGUUAUGAAUGGUAAUUUUGAUGCCGAUACUGCGCUAAAACUUAGCAAAAUUAAUGCCCUUUCUAAAGCAGAAGGCGGACAUUUGAACUUUUCACAAGAAAUAAUGGCAUCACAUUCACAACAACAUGCACAGAAUGAGAAGAAUUUUCAACAUAUUGGAAGUAACGAUAAUAAGCAUAAUUCUGAAAGUAUGAAUAACCAAAUGAAUUUACACAAACUGAGUAGUUGUCAAGUAGCUGGGAAUAUGGGCAAUUCACCAUCCAUUAGUAUAAUACCACAUGCCAUACGACCUCAAAUGCAAAAUAACCAAAACACAAUGUCGAUGACUAACAACGCAAAUCAAAUGUGUUCUAUAUCAAAUAGUGGACAAGUUCAAAUUCUAAAUUCGUCUAAUAAUUCUAUGCAAAAUAUUAACAUGUCUUGCCAGGAAGCUUCUAACAAUAGAAUGAACAUAAAUUCAAGUGACAAUAGUAUGCAUCAGAGUAAUCAACAACACGAUAUGCCCAAUUCGAUGCUACACAAUUCCAACAUGAAUCACGGAAAUAUGCCCCUGAUGUCUGAUAACAACCAACAUCCAUCUAAUCAAAUUCAUAUAAUGAAUGGUCAAAUCCAACAUGGUCGUCAAUUGGAAAAUAAUCAAAUUCAGGCUAUGAAUCAAGCCUCAAAUCGAUCUUUUCACGAUAAUAUUAUUGGAACACAGCAAACUCACAAUCAAGGAAAUAUACUUUCAAAUCGAAGCACUCCUGAUAGCACUAACCUUAUGAAUCAAUCCAUAAAUAUGCAUAGUUUAUCUAAUAACCACAACAUAAAUCGAUCUGAUUUGAAUGACUUAACUCACAUGCACAUGAAUCAAUCUUUAUCUAAUAUGAAUAACAUGCAAAAUAAUAGAAUGAUGAUUGAUAAUAUGCAGUCACAUGCAAUGAAUAAUAUGAGUCAUCAAAUGCAUUCAAAUAGGUCAAUGGAUUCUAUGCAUAAUCAACAGAUGCAUUCAAUGCAACAAAUGGGUCAUCAUAUUAACAAUUCUAGCAGACAGCAGAUGGACAACAGUAUGCAUAUAAAUCAACAAAAUAUGAACAUGCAACAAAACAGACAAAUAGAUAAUAUCAAUCAUCACCACCAACAUCAAAUGUCUAAUGUGAUGCAAAUACAAAACAACCGACAACAUAUUGAAGGAAAUAUGAUGAGUAUGCACCAACACGUAUCAAAUCAAAUGCAUAAUAGACAACAAAUGGACAAUGGUAUGAACAUGCAUCACAUGUCUGCAAACACGUCUGGAAUGAGUUUAGGCAACCAAAUGGAUAACUCUGGCAGCAUGCAGGGUAUGCAUGCUAAUAGGCAUGAAAAUAGUUCAAUGGCCAUGCAAAAUGUCAAUGCAAUGAAUCAAAUGCAAAACAACCGAAACUCAAUGGAACAUACAAGUCUCAUGCAACAUCAUAUCAAUAACAUGAAUUCAAUGAAUAACAUGAACAUGCAUAAUAAUCUUAAUAAUUCAAUGCAAAUCACUAAUGCAAAUCAUCAAUCUAUGACCAGUUCAUUGAUGCAUGGGCCUAAUAUUCCAGAUAUUAAAAAUGAAAUUCAAAACUCGUGUAGUGGCAGCUGUUCAAAUAACAAUACACAGUUUUCCAACAGUCAAUCCACAUUUGAAAUGUGCUCUAACAUGAAUCCAAAUACGAAUCUAAACAUGGGCACAGGAAACAUGAUUCACGGCAUGAAUGUGAACAAUUCAAAUAUAUCAAAUAAUAUGAUGAUGAGUUCUGCAAAUAAUAAUGGUAUGUACGGCUCAAACGGCCAAAAUAACAUGUCAGGGCACGAAAUGCUAAUGAAUUGUAAUAAUUCCAACGACCACAAUGUUAACAACCUUAUGUCAGGAAACACAAAUCAUAUGAUGAUGAACAAUUCGCAAAGUCAUACGAAUUCUAAUCAAAUAGUAAGUAGCCAAGUUCCCAAUAACGCUCAAAUUAAUAUUAAUAGCUGUACCUUGAACGCAAAUAAUACUUCUCAAAACAUCAAUAAUAUGGAUAAUCAAAUAAAUAGGUCUAAUAUAAACGUGAAUGAAACUCCUAAAUUUUCACAAGAACCAAUCCGAGUUAAAAAUAUCAUGGGACCUCCUUCCAACUCUAAUAUGUCCCUUAAUAAUCUGUCGAAUAAUGACUGUUCUAAAGUUAACAUAGCACCUAAUGAUAAACAGAACCACACAAUAUCUGUGAGUAACCAAAUAGGAUAUAUGCAAAUGAAUUCACAAAACAACAGAGUAAUUAAUCUUCCAGAAAGAAACAGAAUGAAUAAUACAAGUAUGGAGAACAAUAUUAAUCAACAUGUUUCGCAACAGCACAAUAUACGUGUUGUGACAAAUAACAGUAACAAUAAUGUCGGGGGCAUUGCAACAGAGCCUUUAACUUUCCAACAAAAAACUGAAAAUAACAGCACAAUGAUUAAUGUUCCUUUCCAAGCGAUACCAAAUAGCGCUCCUAUGAAUAUUAACGUAAAUUCUAGCAACAAUACUGUGAAUAUAACUGUUCAAAACAAUCUAGUUGAUCCAAAAAUUGCUUCUAAAGCUGCAACAGAUAUUAGUUUCCCACUUCAGACAAAUACCAACUUGUUACAAAAUCAGAGCAAUGCUAAUAACAUGAUAUGUAUACCCGUUCAACAAAAUAGUACAAUUAAUCUGCCAACACAAAACAGUAGCAGCAUAACUUUACCUAAAGCUCCACCUACUCAACAAUCAGGCAUACCCACAAAUGUUGUGAAUCCAAUGUCUAUGAGACCAAUGAACAGAGUCUUGCCGUUACACAGAGAUGGUCAAAGUAAAUCAACUAAAACUAGUGUUAGUAAAACAUCACCUGUUCCCAAGCAAAGACCUGCACCAGUGAGUCAUGAUAUGCCAGACUUAAACAUUAAGGAAGAGACUAUUGACAGUGACCUGGAAAAGGCAAUUGAAGAAUCCAAACGAAUGCUGGAAUUAGAGAGGGCAAAGAGGGAAAAAGAAGAACGAGAUGCCGCCCGAGCUAUACAAUUAUCUGAGGAAUUACAUCAAGCUAAUACCAGUUCAGCGUCAACAGAGACAGAGAUAAGAAGUCAUGAACCUAUAGAAACAGUUUCUAAAAUGACUUCAUUACCUAGUUUGGACGCAGACAUGGAUGUGGAGCCACCGCAAGUAUUGUCCGAAAAGGAUACAAAUAAAACUGUACAAGCUAAAAUGCCUAAUGCUCCAGCUAAAGUAAUGAAGAGGCCUUUUGGUGACAAGAAAACAGAAAAUGAAAUAAUCGUGACUAAAAAACAGAGUAAACUAUUAAAGGGUCAGGAGAAUAAGACGGCACAACCAAAGCAAGCGCCUGAUCCACCUAAAGACGACGGGCCUAAACUAAUUUACGAAGUGACAUCGGAAGAUGGAUUCAAUUAUUCAUCAUCAUCUCUGUCCGAUCUCUGGGCAAAAGUUAUCGAAGCUGUACAAAAUGCAAGGAAACAGUCUGGUCUACCUCUAAUACAAUAUAAUCUUCCAUCUACACUAUCUGGAGCUCACCUUCUUGGGCUGAACAAUAAUGCUCUAAGAUAUUUGAUCGAGCAGUUGCCAGGGGCUAGCAGAUGUACUAAAUACAAAAUUCGCCAAGGUCGGCCACUGAACAGUUGGGACAAUGAUUUGGAUUUGAGUGAGGGUUUCAAAGAGAGCCCAUGGGGCAGUGCUCGAACUGGACCCGUGGCGCGGAAACAGAACCACGACAUGUUUAGCUGGAUGGCCUCACCAUUUAGAGAAGAACCUCCGCCGUUCGGCGGACAGGAGGGGGAAAGCCUGAUCUCAAGGCGCUUAGCGACCUUGCCGCCAGCGAUGAGAUUCAGACAACUUAAAGAGACGUCGAAGGCCUCUGUCGGUGUAUAUCGGUCGCACAUCCACGGACGUGGCCUAUUCUGUAAACGAGACAUUGAAGAAGGAGACAUGGUGAUAGAAUACGCCGGCGAGGUGAUCCGUGCGGUAUUAGCGGAUCAACGCGAAAAACGCUAUGAGGCUAUGAGCGGACGGCGCGGAGUUGGCGGAUGUUAUAUGUUCCGCAUCGACGACAACCUCGUUGUAGACGCAACCCUGAAGGGCAAUGCUGCCCGAUUCAUCAACCACUCUUGCGAUCCAAAUUGUUACUCCCGAGUUGUGGAUAUCCAUGGACACAAGCACAUUCUUAUCUUCGCGCUCCGGCGCAUCACAGUAGGCGAGGAGCUCACGUAUGAUUAUAAGUUUCCCUUUGAAGAAGUCAAAAUACCGUGCACUUGUGGCGCCAAGAAGUGCAGAAAAUACCUCAACUAA